UGAAUUUUGCUCAGAUAACCAUUAAAACCUGUUCGAUGGUCUAUCGAACCAUAGCAGUCAGAAACAUCGAAAUUGUAUAAAAGAGAUCUCUAGGCCCGAAAAUGUAUCAUUCAGGAACCAUCUUCCCAGAAUACCACCAACCGCAAACAUGAAAUUCGUUGUCUUAGCUCUCGCUCUCAUCGGUGCUGCUUCAGCCGGUUACGUCGCUCCCUUGGGAGGACUCGGUUACAGUGCAUGGGGACAUGGUGCUGCUGUAGCUCCACUUGCCACCGCUGGAUGGGCACUUGCCACCGCUGGAUGGGGACAUGCUGCCGCUGUUGCUCCACUUGCCACCGCUGGAUGGGGACAUGCUGCCGCCGUUGCUCCAAUUGCUAGUGCCUACCAUGCUGCCCCAGUUGCUGCUUACGGACACGGAAUUGCUGCCCCAGCUGUAGCUGCUUACGGACACGGACUCGCUGCCCCAGCUAUUGGUGCCUACGGACACGGAUACGCUGCUCCAGCCUGGGGAUAUGGUGGUCUCUGGAAGAAGAAGGCUGCUGCUUAAAUUAUGACCCGAAUAACCGAAUAAAUUAUAUUAUUAACAAA